AUGGCUUUGGUGACCUGUGGUGAAAGCUGGAUCUACUGCUAUGACCCAGAAACCCGAAUGCAUUUUGUAAAAAACUACACGUGGUGGCGAGGCCCUGUGGCGCUGAGCCGGCUGGGGGACAGCGAGGGAGGCGUCGGGACCUUGCGGCUGCGACGGGUGCGGCGAGGCCAGGCCGGGAACUACUCGGUCACGGCGCACACUUCGAGGGGCGCCAUCCACUCCUCCUUCUUCCUUAAUGUCCAGUAUGGGCCAGAGGAGAUCGUGGCGACAAAGCGCGUUCUGGUCGACGAAGGUGACACCGCUACCCUCGCGUGCUCCGCCUCAGGCAACCCGACACCUAAUAUCACCUGGACUCGAGCUUCGGAUAACACCAGCGAGAUCUGGCGCGGCGUCGGGGAGGCCCGGCUCGUGCUGAAGCAGGCGUCGCGAGCGGACACCGGCCUGUAUCUGUGUCACGCCUCCAGCCCGGUCGCCGCCGCCGCCCCCGUCAGAGCAGCGCUGGUCGUCUCACAGCCGCCGACGUCAGCCAGCGACAUCGCCAAUGGAACGCAGGUCGACAGGUGGUGGGCAGCUGUUGGUGACAAAGGCCAGCUGGACUGUCGAGUGCACGCAGCUCCAGCGCCUUCCUUUAAGUGGACUGUCAACGAUGAUCGUGUGAUCUACACUGAUCGGAAAUACUCCAUCAGUUCGCCGAAGCUGACCGACGGCGUGACAGAGUGGUCCUCGAUGCUGCGAGUCCGUGACGUGAUCGAGAAGGACUACACGAACUACACCUGCAUCAGUCGCAACGCCCACGGUUCCUUCGUGAUCCAUUUCUCCCUGCUCCCCCCUGCGCCUCCGGCUACGCCCGAGGAGUUGACGGAUGCUUGGGGAAAAAAACGUUAA